AUGGUGGGAGGCGCCGUGGACCAGUCGCUGCUCGACCUGCUGCCCCAGAUCCAUGCCCUCUUCUCCGACCCGCUUCGCGUGAUUUCGUACAAAUGGCUUAGUCGGAACUUCUCUGUAUCAUCAAAUGAUGCCAAGAGGUUGCUUCAGGAGUUUGUCAACAAACAUGGAACCGACCUCCAAGUGAUUUACAGUGUGUCGGGGUGGUUGAAGAAUAAUCCCCAAAGUUAUUGUGUAAAGCUCAUUUCAGGCCCAAAACUUGAAGAAGCAAGGCAAGGUUUCAAAGAUUCUUGUUCGGUCCAGAUCUACAGUAUCCAGGCCUGUAUUCCAAAAGAUACAGCUGUACUUUGGAAUCCUGAAUUUGUGCAGGCAGAGGAGCUUGUCAACCAGCCUUUUGAUGACGAGAACUGUUUGAGAGAUAAUAGGUUUUGUGGUGUUUUGAAUUCAUUUGUCAAGCGAACAUCCAAUGGGAAGCAUGUGAGUUCAUUGCCACCAAAGCCCUUAAAUAGUGCUGCAGGAGUCGCACAGUCUCAACCUAGUGUUACUCCAAAGGAGCAGUUUGUUACUGCUCGGCAGCAAGAUUUGCCUGUAAGUUCAAAGCAGGGAGCAGGCAAGAAGUCUGAGAAGGAUAAUUCUACUGUAUUAGAUAAAGCUGGCAAUGCUCCUGUUGUCAAAGAACAAUCAAUUGAUGCCCAUGCAAGCAAAAGUAAAGCUCAAAAUGGAAAGGCCAUGCCUAGUAAUGGUGGAUCGCUGGCUAACAUGUGGGGCCGUGCAUCAGCAAAACCUAAGCCUCCAAGUACCACUAAUUCUACAGCUGUAGCAAGUGUUGCAGAUGAUGAGGAAGACGACAAUAUUGUAAGCAUUGCAUCUCCUGAGCUACCAAAACAGCAUACCCCAGACCCUGUUAUUGGAACUGCUGAAGACGCUGAAGUAAAUCAAAAGAACUUGGAAAAUAAAGAAGAUGUACCAAACAAUGAGAAAGGUUCCUCAAUGGUGGUGGAUUCUGACUUCACUGCUGAAUGUAAAAUCAAAACUUUCAAUACUAUGAACCAUUCUGGGAUUACUUUAAAACAAAAGAGUAGUGAUCCUCCAAUCAAUGACAAGAAGCAGGAUUCUGCAGCUGAGCCUGCCUCCACCUCACCGAAAAGAAGAAAGGUUUUGAAGACACGCAUAGAUGAGAGGGGAAGGGAAGUUACCGAGGUUGUCUGGGAGGGUGAAGCUUCUGCAGAUGACAAGGCAGAGAAGAAUGUCAACACUACUGCUGCGACUGCGAGCGGGGCGACUCUCCCAAGCAAACCAAAGGCAGCAGCAAACACUGACAAAAGCAAAGCUCCAAGCAAAACAACAGCAGGCAACAAGAAACCUGCGAAGGAUGGAACCAAGCAAGGGAGCAUUAUGUCAUUCUUCAAGAAAGUAUGA